AGGAACCGUGCUAUUAGGGUAAAGUGGGACGAGUUUGAGUAAAGCUUUGGUAAAGACAAGCAACAAAUUAACAAAAUUAAGACAAUUUAUAAACAACAAAUUAAGAAUUUUUUUUUUUAAUUAUUAAAAAUAUAAACCAACUAGUCUUCAUCAAAAUAUUCUAAAAGUUUCCACAAUUACUGCUAAUAUUUUUUGGCAUCAAAAAAUGAAAUAACACUGGCAUCAAAAGAUUUUAUGAAGUUUUUUUCAAAAGGUGAGCAUCAAUCCAUCAUGUUUUGAAGUUGAGCAUCAAUAAAGCAACAACUGUUUGUUAUUAUUUAAGUUCAUAUUCAAUGUUGUAUUUGAGUCAUUUAAAAUCAUUGCAGUAAAGUUGCAUUUGACAAAAAUUAUGAAUCCUCAUAUCAGUAGUUGGAAUCAAUUUUUAUGUUCAUUGGCUGAUGAAUUAUUAAAAGAUAAUAUAAAGAAAAUCAAGUUUAUUUUGAAAGACUACAUACCUGCUAGUGUUCGUGAGACAUUAGAUGAUGGUCAUACACUCUUGAAUGAAUUGGAGAAGCGGAAUAUAAUCUCAUGUAAUGACCUGUCUAAACUAGGCCAGAUUCUUGCUGAUAUUGGAAGGAAAGACCUUUUAUCUAAAAUAAAAUCUUAUAUGGAAGAAAAAAGCAAAGCAUUAACAAGUGUGAAUGAGAUAUCCCAAAAAAGUGGUUCAACAUUCAGUUCAACAUUCAAUUCAACAUUCAAUUCAGCUCAAACUUCUGCUUCAGUUUCUGCUUCAACUUCUGUUUUAAAUUUGGACUCAAUUAAGAAAGAAUAUUUUGUAGAAAAUACUUCAAUUGAGUUGGGAAUAUACAGCAUGCACAAUGUUCCUAGUGGAAUAUGUAUUAUAUUCAGCAACUACUUUGAUAAAGAAGUAAUUAUAACUGAUGAAAAUAAAAAGCUAGAACAGCGCUUAGGAAAUGGAGCAGACGAAAGUCAACUAAAGGAGACAUUUACUUGGCUGAACUUUGAUGUUUUGGUAUACAAAAAUAAAAGUUCUAAAGAUAUAGUUCAAUUAUUAUAUAGUAAUCUCAAAAAUAGUUCGAUACAAGAUUGUUUUGUAUGUUGUAUUUUGUCACAUGGAUAUAGAAAUGGAAUAUAUGGCAGUGAUGGAUCCAGGCUAUCGUUUGAAGAAUUGUGGACCACUGUUGAGGACGCAUCUUCUGAAUCACUUCAGGGUAAACCUAAGUUGUUUUUCAUUCAAGCUUGUCAAACCGAAAUAAAUGUUAAGGAAAUGUCUUUAUCAGAUAUUGGAAUAAAAGUUGAUUUUGAAGAUGUUUUGACAUCUUUAGCAACAUUACCAGGUAAAGUUGCGUUUCGUGAUGUAACUAGAGGCUCAUGGUAUAUUCAAACACUUUGUGAGACUUUGAAAAAUCGUGCUUAUGAUUCUUCAUUACUUGAUAUUUUGACGGAACUUAACUCUAAUAUGGCGUCGAAAGUAGAUUACUACAAAGUAUGUUCUGAAUAUAAAAUCGCUACCCAAAUGUCUUCAAUUCAAAGUUGCACCUUAUCAAAAAAAUUAUUUUUCAAGCCAUAUGACGUAACUGCUCUUUCGCGGUUACGUAUUCUUUAAUUUUUAUUAAUUAUUAUUAUAUUAAAUACAUGUUUUUUUA